AUGCAGGGUGACGCCGACGACGACGGCCACUACUUCUUCUUCAGCGCGCCGGCGAGCCCCGUGCACUACAUCCUCCGCUCCCCGCCCUCCUCCACCGCCGCCGCCGCCUCGUCCCCUUACUUCGCCGAUGCCGACUGCUGCGCGGCCGCCGCCGCCGCCGCAGGGGACUUCGAGUUCGCCGCGCACGGCGCGGGGACGCACGGCGGUCCUGGCACCAAGGGGGGCGUGACGACGAUGAGCUCCGCCGAGGAGCUCUUCGUCGCCGGCCGCAUCCGCGUCGGCUGCCUCUCCCCGAUCCGACAGGAGGACGGCUGGGAGGAGUGCGGCGGCGACGAGGAGGAGGAGCAGGAGCGGGAGCGGGACGACGGACGCUCGCCGCGGGCUACUCGCCGGGCUAAGUCCGCCUCCCCGACGCGGAGCCCCAGGGCCGACAGGGGUGCCGCCACCGAGCCGUCCGACCCCUUCGCGUCCGCCUCCUCGUCGUCUUCCUCCUCGUCCUCGGCGAAGAACAUUCGACGGCGGAUAUCGCUGCGGGACCUCCUCAGCCGCACGGGCGUCGACUGCGCGGGGUCGGAUCAGUCAUCAUCAGGCACCGCCGAGGUCACCAGCAGGUUGGGUUUCUGGCCGCCGUCCCUCUGGCCGUCGCGCUCGUCCAAGAAGUCGCCGCUGCUGUCCUGCCCAGGCCCAGCGCCACAGCCGGCGCGGCGCCGCUCCACCUCCUCGGACAAGGGCGCGGCGGCGCCGGCGACGAAGAGGGCGCCUGGCGGCGGCAGUGCUCGGCGCACCACGUCGCUGCCGUACCGGCAGGGCCUGGUUCUCGGAUGCCUGGGCUUCGGGGCCCGGGGCUACGGGCUCGCCAAGUCCAUGCAUCCCCUGCCAUCCCGCUGA